UUGCGCGCGCAGGUCGGGAUCCCUGACAGAUGAAUUGUUGAGAGCAGGGGAAAGGGAAGCGGGCCGAUCUCCCCGCGCAGGCAGGCAGCAGUCACACAGCAGCAGCAGCGGCAGAAGCAGCAUGUUUCCUAAAGGCAAGAGCUCCGUGGUGCCAUCGGACGGCCAGGCUCGGGAAAAGCUGGCUCUUUAUGUUUACGAGUAUUUGCUUCACAUUGGUGCACAGAAGUCAGCUCAGACCUUUCUCUCAGAGAUUCGAUGGGAAAAGAACAUCACUCUGGGAGAUCCUCCAGGGUUCCUGCAUUCAUGGUGGUGUGUGUUCUGGGAUCUGUACUGUGCAGCUCCAGAGAGGAGGGACUCCUGUGAACAUUCGAGUGAGGCCAAGGCCUUCCAUGACUAUAGUGCAGCAGCAGCCCCCAGUCCAGUUCUGGGGAACAUGCCUCCUGGUGAGGGAAUGCCUGGUGGUCCCAUGCCCCCCGGAUUCUUCCAGGGCCCUCCCGGCUCGCAGUCCUCUCCUCAUGCUCAGCCUCCUAACAGCAUGAUGGGACCUCACGGCCAGCCUUUCAUGUCGCCUCGUUUUGGUGGAGGACCAAGACCCCCGAUCAGAAUGGGCAACCAGCCUCCAGGGGGAGUUCCUGCAGCACAGCCCAUGCUCCCCAACAUGGACCCCAGACUACAAGGGCCGAUGCAGAGGAUGAAUGUUCCCAGAGGGAUGGGACCCAUGGGCCCUGGACCCCAGAAUUUUGGAGGUGGGAUGAGACCCCCACACAACUCCAUGGGCCCGGGAAUGCCAGGAGUUGCCAUGGGUCCUGGAAACGGCAGGCCACCGUGGCCUAAUCCCAACGCCAACAAUAUGCCCUACUCCUCGCCUUCUCCUGGUGCAUACGGGGGGCCACAAGGAGGAGGACCCCCUGGCACUCCCGGAAUCGUCCCGAGUCCUGCAGAUUCCAACAACUCCAGUGAAAACAUGUACACCAUGAUGAACUCAGGAGGAGGCGGCCGGACUAAUUUCCCAAUAGGCCCGGGCUCAGAGGGUCCUCUAGGGGCAAUGGCUGGAAUGGACCCGAUGCAUAUGAAUGGAGGUUCUGGGGAUCUGGACGGACUUCCAAAGAAUUCUCCCAACAAUAUGAGCAACAUGAGCAACAAUAUGGGAACCCCCAGAGAUGAUGAUGCUGGAGGCAGCUACCUACACUCCUUCCAGAAUGAGAAUCAAUUUUCUCCCUCCAUGACCAUGAGUGUGUGAUGGGAUUCUUUGCCCUGGGGAAAGCGCUCACAGUUGGCCAUCCAUUACAGACACGGAGAAACAUGUACAGGAUCCUUGAGGCUGCGUCGUGCAACUGCCUCUGCUUUCACCAGUGGUCUCCUGCAAUAUCACUGAUUUUUUUUUAGUUUUUUUAUUGUUACUUUUUAUUAUAAACAAAACAUCUUCUCCCACCUCCCCUACGACCUACCAUCCCCCCUUUCUCCCAACGCCUCUGAGAUCAGACGGAUAAUCCACGAAACGUGUCACGAAUCUUCAAUACUCAAUACUCCUGGAACAGUUCGAUUAUUUUUCUUGAUUAUUUUUACCUUUUUGUUUUGGUCUCUCUUUCUCUCCUCCAAGGCCAACUUUGUAAAUGAGGAGCAUUAUUAUGGUUCCGACACGAUCGCUGGAUGAUGUAGACACUAAAAAAGGAAAAAAAAAAAAGAAGAAUCAUUUCACCUUUCCUCAGCUAGUCUGCCAUCCUCAGCAUGGUUUACGUAACGUUCCGUAACGUCCUCACAAUCUUUUCGACACUGAACUCUCAUACGUGGCCUUGAUCUCGCCGUGCGUUUUUAUUGCCUUUUAAGCAUCUGUUUAAUUUUUUUUUUGUGUGUCAGAGAGGGAAGAUUCUGCCUUUCUGAAGGGAAGGCUCAGCUAUAACGCAGCUGUACUAUUAAAUCCUUUUAUUCUGUUUGUUCUCUUACUUUUUUAAAUUGUUUUGUUUUGUCAUUUUUUUGGCAAGUAUUACUAUAAGCAGCUGCUUUCAUGGAAUAACAGCAUUGACUUUGAGCUCCCACACUGAGGAAAGAAAAGGAAAGCAGUCCUUUUUGUUUUCUUUUCUAUUUGAUUUGAGUUUUUUCCUGCACUGAUUCCAUUCGCAUCGCUCUCGAACUGCUGUCUCAAACCCUUUUCUCUGAAACUCUGAAUAAUUCAUCAGUCCAAUCAGAGCUGGACGAGGAAACUACCUACGAGUGAUGGACUCUGAGAAACCUCCAAACACUCGCCUCUUUGUCUCUCCCACUGAUGUGUUUGGCCAUUUGUAGCAUCGAUUACUUGUUAUGCUGAAUUUGUGAUGGUAUACAGUACCCAUAUCACCUUGUUUUAUUAUUUUAAUUUAGUUUUUGUUCAUUUUUUUUAUCACUACCAUGUGCCUCAAUUGUUUUAUUUUGAUAUAACGGUCUGAUUUUAUUGAUAAUGGUUCCGAAAGGCCUGCCAUUUAAAGUUGUAGCUUCACCCCCGCCCCGUCCCGCCCCCGAAGGAAGGUGCUGGUGUGAAACAGACCCAGUAGUGAGUGUUGAGAUUUGCUUUGUGUUAGGCUAUGCUGGAGGGGCGCCAGAAUCACUCAUAUUACAGGUAGAAUCGUAAGUUAUUCUAUUUAUACAGACCUUUGGUAAUGGUUCUACAUUUAGAAGUUGUUUUACACUGCUUUUGUUAGCUUGUACAUCAUACUUUGGGCAAAAUGCUUGUUUAUAUAUUGACAACUAAAUUAUUUGGCUCCUU